ACUCACCCUCUAGUUUUAUCCAACGUAAGAAACCAAAAAAAAAAUCCUGUUGAAUUUAAUCUUAUUUGCUCUGUUUUUUCCUCUGUUUCUCACAAGACAUAAUGGAGUACAAAGUGAAAACCACAACCUCAACACCUUCUCCACCAAUCCCAAUCCAUCUUCCCACUAUGCUCUCAAACUCUCCCCCAUCUUCAUCUUCUUCACCUCCUUCACAAUCUCCCACUCCUUUCCCUUCACCCUCUCAGGGCUCUCCCUCUGCUGCUCCACCGUCUCCUCCGCCGCCGCCGCCACCCGUGGUGGUUAGCCCUUGUGCUGCCUGCAAGAUCCUCCGCCGCAGGUGUGUGGAGAAGUGUGUGUUGGCUCCAUAUUUUCCUCCCACUGAUCCACUCAAGUUCACCAUUGCUCAUAGAGUCUUUGGAGCCAGCAACAUCAUCAAGUUCUUGCAGGAACUGCCAGAAUCCCAGAGAGCAGAUGCUGUGAGCAGCAUGGUUUAUGAGGCAAAUGCUAGGAUCAGAGACCCAGUUUAUGGGUGUGCAGGUGCAAUAUGCCAACUUCAAAAGCAAGUUAGUGAGCUACAAGCACAGCUGGCCAAAGCACAAGCUGAGGUAGUGAACAUGCAGUGCCAACAAGCCAAUUUAGUGGCCCUAAUUUGCAUGGAAAUGAGUCAGUCACAGGAGCAGCACGUGCUUCAGCCUCAACCUCACGUUGAUAUGAGCUGCUUCAUAGAGGACAACAGUUUUGGUACUGCUUGGGAGCCUCUUUGGACAUAAUGGAAAUUAAUGAAAUGUUAUUUAUGUAUCUUAGAUAUUUGCAUCAGAGAGAUUAAUUUUGUUCUAUAGUAACUGGUAAAACUUUCAACCUCCCAAUAAGUGGAGGAAGAGAUAAUGAAAAUUAUACUUGGGGAAUCCAAUUUCAAUAAAGUCAUUUAAUUAGUUAUAUGGUA